AGAAGCGCUCACUCCUCCUCAGAGGCCGGGCAGUGUGUGUGAGUGUGUAGUCAUGGCUCUGUUCAUGGACUCGGACUUCUCUUUGCUCAGGCAGAACCAGCAGAAAGAUGCGAUGGAUUUUAAGGCGUUAUUUGGAGAACAUGAUCACUGUAAAGAGGAUGCCCGAGCUGAGAGCGCAGCGUCCUCCCCGGAGCCGGGCAGGGCCGCCGGCCUGAUGGAGGGCCAGAGGAAACGGAAGCGGACCAUCUUCAGCCGAGCCCAGCUGUCCGAGCUGGAGCAGGCCUUUGCCGUGACUCCCUACCCGGACAUCACCCUGAGGGAGAGGCUGGCGGCGCACACACACCUGCCCGAGAGCAAGAUACAGGUGUGGUUCCAAAACAGAAGAGCCAGGAGUAUCAAGACCGGGAGACUCCCCAAGUCCACAAAGCCUGUCCUGGGAGGUCGAGGGGUUGUUGACCCCUCCGCCGGUCCCGUGACCUCUGCUUUCCUCACCUCCACCACCUUGGCAGACAUCUUCAGGCCGGAGCAGAACCACUCUUGCGAGGAUGUCCCGCAAAUGUAUUCCGACUGGAUCCAGAUCUACAGCAACACUGUGUCCUCACCUCCAUCUUCCUCCUCCCUCCACCAGCAGCCCUCACUGGGCUCCUCCAAACCUUCGGAGUCCCAUCAUCUCUGGGAGGAGGAGCAGCAGCACCAGCGGCAGCACCUGGGACCAGCGCUCCCUGGUUUCCUUCCUGGUUCCUUCCCUCAGCCCAUCACGAGGCAGCCUCACCACUCGGCCUCCACCCGGCCCUACCAAUCCUUCAGGAACUUCAAACCCCAGACGAUGGCUCCAUCCGGGGCUCAUCAGGCCGUGUACGGCGGUGGCAUUGCAGGCGGAGGCCACACCUCUGUAGACCAGGUCGUCCCUUCCCACCCUCAGCCAGUGUACUGGGAGGUGACUCAGGGCCAAGGACACCACCUCCCACACCACCACCAUCACCACCCACAAAUGGGACCUCAGACCUCUAUGGGCUACAUCUCAGACCUGAUCUACAAUGCUGCUAUUGUCACCAACUUUCUAGAAUUCUGAUCAGUCCAGAUGUGGAGCCUGGGCGGUGGGAAACACUAACACUGAGGCUUUUACUUCUGUCAGUAUUUCCCUUGAGUGUGUCCUGUGACACCACAGUUGAUCGUCUUGUGUUUGUCUACAUAGAGUUGAGUUGGUUUCAAGUUGUCAUAGGUUUAUCUGUUGUCUUGUUUCGUUCAGUGUGUUCCACUCAUGUGCAAAACAUUAGGGAGCAAUUUGAUUCCUUACAUCCCGUUUCAGUUUAGAGUAUUUUACAUUUGCUUUGGCCCAGCGAGUCAGUAGUGAACACUAAAUGACAUACUCACACACAGAAUACAAACAUUUAAUUUCAGCACAAGUUUUUGUGCCUGGAACUGAGCACAUAGAUCUCACGUCAGAUGCACGGCAGCAGGAGCAAAAAUCUGAUAUCGAAUUUAGAGGGAACAAUUCAUUUCAGAAAUUUCUUUUGGUUGGUCAACAAAAGAAGUGCUGUAGCUAUGCUGGCUAACAGUCAGCCACCGUGCCAGCUAAGGAGCGCCAGCUGUAUUGCUAGUUUCCCUCACUGACUCAGAGGCGCUGGGGUGUUAGGGAGGACUGGUCUGGCAACAAGGGAACUAAGAAAUGACCAGUAAAUGCAGUUUGAUUACUGUCAAAUGUUGUUGUCUGUUGGUAGUGUAAAUGGUGGUUUAAUGAGCUCCAGCUGUGUUUCAGAUGAUGAGACACAUAAGGGAUGUAAAUAUCCAAGGACUGGUGUCUGGAACCAAAACAAACUUUUUGCUUUUUGGCUUGAAGAACAGAAACUGAUUCUGUGAAGUAAAAUCAUCAUGUUGUCUCGUAUGAAUGUCACAUUUACUGGAGUUUAAUAUCAAACUUUAGACAUCGUCAUCUACAGUAUAUUUAUAGCAAUAAAUGAAAUGAAAGCUUAUUUCUCACAAACUUCUGAUAAAAUUACAUUGAUGUUUAUUUUUUUCAUACAAUCUUAAAGAAACAACCACUGCAGGUGAUGUUCGGAUGAUAAUUGGCUACUGUUUGACAUUUUUAUUAAACUUAUUAAACAGAAAAAAGGGAACUGCAGUGUGUAUACACCUACCAUCUCUGCACUAAUUAAAGAAAUGAUGAUUGAUGAUUCAAACUCACCUAUAAACCCAGGUGCUCAGUGUUGUAAAUGCCCCUAUAAAUGUUUAGCAAAAUGAAAACUGAGCCGAAGCAGCUGCAAGCUUCUGUGUGUGAUGUGGACGGGUCAAGAUUCAUGUUUCUAGCCUUAUUUUGAUGUUUCCUGCACAAAUAAAGGACUGACUGAAGGAUCCACCGAGCAGCUCAUAAACACAGACGUACUUGACAUGUUCUCCUCUAACAGAUGCCUGUUUUCCUUCUCUAAGCUGAACCGUGCCAUGUUUAAUGCUGUGACCCCACAAGUAUUAUCUUUCAAAACAUCCUGAUUAAAAUGAUUCCUUGUGGUAAGAUACCAUGAGAGAAAUAAUUAUUUUCCAAGUCAAAAUAUUUUUUUUUUCAUAUCUCCCUGUACUGUAAGUACCAGGAGGGGUUAGAUGGACAGAGGGAAGGAAACAAAUAAGAACUAAAUUAAAGCCAGAGCUCAGGGUCUAUCAGCUUACAGGCUCUGUAAUUCUGCCUGGAUUUAAGUUUUGAAAUAUUACAUGAGAGGUAUAAUACAGAGGCAAAUAUGAGCACUGGACAGAGAUCUCUGCAUAUCACAAUCAUCUUUAAUACCGAAUAAUCUUUCAAUAAACCUUUAAUCCGGGUGUCAAAUCUCAGAUCUUAGGAAGAUACUGUUUUUUGUAUUCCAGAUGUAGUUACAUCUUUUAAUCUUUCCACUGAUAUGAUAGGACGGAAUAAGAAGUGGAGGGGAUGGUUUACAAAAAUAUGAAUUCAUAUCUCAGACAGGGGAUCAGAGGGAACAGAUCUUCUGUGUCGGAUUGAAAUGUUUUGAAAGAAGAGACAUGGUGUUAUUGUCCUCUGGAUGAUAAGUCUUCUAUCACGGCUACUGUACCGCAGGGAGCAAUAAUCACUUGUUUUUUUUUCAUGUGCGUGUGUUGGUUGGCUCUAUAAGUCACUUCUAACCAGAUACAGUAAGCACAGAUCAGAGGACAGACGAUUAUUAGCACAUCUGUCAGGUGGAGAAGGAUAUCAAGUCAGACCGGUAAACAGUGUUCAGUAACUGAUGCCACAGCUGGUGGGUUAUUCAGAAGAGGCAACACUGUGAGGGGCAGAGGUAACAAAGAUUACAUGGUGGUGAUAAAAAAGCAUGUCAAUUGAAAAUAAGAUGGGUAAAAAUGGACUGAUUUAGUCGAGUGAUUUGAUUCAUUUCAAGCCGAUUUGAAUCAAAAAGCGUCGAUAUGAUAAGUCAUGUUUUAUCAUUUAUCCAGGCAAAAAAUGAAAAUUUAUCAUUUGCGGUAUCCUCAAGGUUAGCAGUAGCCUGUUUAGAGCAGAGGUGUAGUGCUGUUUGUCUACACAAUGGCAUGCUAUGCUGGAUCAUAGAUUUAAUAAUAAUAAUCCAUACAAAUCUGUGUGCUGGAUGAAGGCUAUUUCAAGAUACAGGUUUGCCAGAAAAGCAGCAGAUCCAUAAUAAUGUUCCGGUUAAACAAUUAAUGGCAGUUGGGUUAUUGGUAGCCCAGUUUAUUAUCAGAGAAAUACUGUUUAAAAUUAAAUGUUAAUCAGGUUCUCAAAUCAAUUUAGAGUUCACAAGGUCUAUUUCUCAACUCAAAUACAUCUUUAUCACUUUUAUAAUAAAUUCAUAAACAUUUUCAUCACUUCCAUUUAAGUCAAUUAUUUUUUGUUACUUUCCCCCUUGAGGACGCCUUCCUAUAAUGAUAAAUAACUUUCUUUUGUGUUGUGAAUGAUGAAUGUAACAUGGGAUGAAUGACAAACAUGACUCUGAUCAAAUUAGCGUGAAAUGAAUCGAAUCACUUGACAAUUUAUCAGUUCAUUCUUAGAGAAAUAGGCAUUUUCACCACUCUAUUUUCAACGCACAGAAUUUUUUUUCACCACUAACAUAGUCAGUUUUACUUUACAUCAGACUCUACAUCUGGUGCCAAGCCUGGACCGUUCCCAUAAUGCAGAACAGAGUACAGCAGUGUACUGUAAUUGCACAAUUACUCGUGUUCCAUACUUACAAUUCUGACCAACUUGCAAUUUACUUGCACAUUUCCAUUUUCAGUUCUGCUACUGCCACUCCACAACCCUUCAGAGGCACAAACUGUGCUUUUUACAAGAAGUUUUUUGUUCUUUUACUUUGAAUAUUCAAUUUACUUAUACACAAUUUAAUUAUAUAAAUCAUGUCAUAUGUUUAAUAUUAUAGCCAUGAUGAUUCACAAGUUACAACACAAAGAUAACAAUAUUUACAACUCAAAAACAUACAUUAUUCUGAAAUGAGCCAUGGCAUUUUCACUUUUUGUUUUGCAAGUAUAUUUUGAAGCUAAUGCUUCCACUUCUACUACUCAAAACAGCAUUUCUACAUUGUGGUUUUGUUACAUUUGCUUUAUGAAAAGAUCCAAGUACCUUU